CGACAUAAUGCUUCUUCUGACGUAACGGUGAAUGUCUGAAUGCCAGGACUCUUUUUUUAGCCCCGCAGUGUUAACCAGGAAACUCAUGUCAACAGUCAUGUCUGUCAGCGACAACCCUCACCAGGUUGGGACACACCCUGAGGCGUACCUUUACAGUGGAACUGUAGAGCAGAAGUCAAAUCUGGAUUUACCUCGUCCACAGUAGUGGUGUUUGCAUAUCAGUAGCAAGUAGAGGACAGUGGAUCUUUCUGAUUUGGUAUUUAUCUAAACAACUACCUGUACAGGAGCUGGAUAUUUGAUAGAGACUUGCUCAAGUUUGGAUUUUACCCAGGGGACGCCAUGCUACAUGGAAAUGAAGACAAAGUCAAGAUUUGCUCUGGUGGAUCUUCAUGCUGCCAAACGUAUGCCGUCUCUGUAAGAAUGAAGAAUCCUGGCUCGCGUGUCAGACACCUGCACUGGCUGCAGAUACUACUGGUCGUCCUGCUCACAGGUCACACUUCCUGUAAUUCCACCUCCACUGCUCCGUUUCCUCCUCCGACCCUCUCCACAGCAGCUGCAUCGACCUCAGCAUCCUACUCUCUUCACGUCACUGUGGAUGUCUUUGGACCGGAGAAAGACGAAUCAGAAAUCAAUAACUGGCUUGACCAAGUGUUCACAAACCAGCUGGUGAUCUGCGGGUCUCCAAGCCCAACAGCAACUAUAACAACUGCAACUACACAAAGUACAUCUGCGAGCACCUCAAAUGAGACGACACCAAUGACGACAGCAGUAGCAACACCACAAAACCACACAACAACAACCACACAAACUGCAUCUGCGAGCACUUCAAAUGAGACGACACCAACGAAGACAGCAGCAGCAGCAUCACAAAACUACACAACAACAACUGCCACUACACAAACUGCAUCUGCGAGCACUUCAAAUGAGACGACGCCAACGAAGACAGCAGCAGCAGCAUCACAAAACUACACAACAACAACCACACAAACUGCAUCUGCGAGCACUUCAAAUGAGACGACACCAACGAAGACAGCAGCAGCAUCACAAAACUACACAACAACAACCACGCAAACUGCAUCUGCGAGCACUUCAAAUGAGACGACACCAAUGAAGACAGCAGCAGCAGCAGCAUCACAAAACUACACCACAACAUCUGCUACAGCUGCCACAACGGUCAAGAGCACCAACACAGCUACAACAUCUCAAUCCAACACAGCAGCUCCGACGCUGAGCAGCAGGCCGACAACUCUUUCAGCCGACACCACACAGAAGCCAACUCGACCGAAGAAUCCAAAUUCAAUGAAGGAGCUGGUAACUCUUCCAAUCAGUGACGGACUGACAGCAGCCAGAAGGCUCAGAAGAGCAACUGUUCUAUUUGAAGUCUCAUGCAGCCAAAAGAAGGCAAUAAAAAACACAACGUGUACUGUGACGCUGCAUCUGAGCCAGGCCGUGUCUCCAUGCUGUAUCCUCCGUACGCUCUGUGCGGCCAGUAAGGCGUCCACUGAUAUCCGGGUGGUAGGAAAAACAGCAGAUAGAAUUGGUCCAAUACAAAAUGGCUGCGACCCACUUGACAGAAACAGGUGCAUUUACAACGGCCCCAGCAUUGCAUCUUGUGAGGUGUCCGGUGAUGCAUAUGUGGAAGAUCAAGACAACUCAACUAACUGUCGACCAGUUUCAGAGAGAGAGAACUGUAGCUGCUCAGCGUAUUGCAGCAGAACUGAUGCAUACUACACUUUUCAGAUAUUAAUACAGAGUCCAGAGGUGGACAAGCUAUACGUCUUGACCGAGGUUUCUAAAAUAAAAGAACCAGUCUGCUCUCCAGUAACAGGGUUUUCAUGUCCUUGGUCCCUCAUUUCAUCAGAAUACAAGGAUGUGCAUUUGUUCUGUGACAGCACAGGAGAAAGUCUUCGAAGCUGCAAAGUGAUUGUCAGCUUUGCUCGUGAGGUUCCUAUCUGCAACGUGUCGGCAGCCGUGACCAAUCAGUUUGCGUCCAAUGACCAGAUCAGAUUUGAUGGACUGGUGACUCGAGCAGCAAUAUGUGGGAAUUCAAAUACCAGUGAGGAUCCACUGACGUCACAGGUCACAUGGGACAACAGGAGCCUAAAGCCUGACAAGUUUUGUAAUGCAACAGAAGAGUCUAUCAACCUCACCUGUCAAAAUGGGAAAAAUGUGGUCGUGGAUCUGGAUGAAAAGUGUGUUCACAUGCCGUCCACCACAGUCGGCCCGAACGUGACGGCCAUGCAACCAAACACCACCAGGGCUGUGAACGCAACCUCAUCCCCACUGAACACGACUGUGAACGCAACCUCAUCCCCACUGAACACGACUGUGAACGCAACCUCAUCCCCACUGAACACGACUGCUGAACCCCUCAGCAACACCACCGCCACUGCUAAUGUCACAGUGACAACACUUAACACAACCACCAUCACUGCUAAUGUCACAGUGACAACACUCAACACAACCACCGCCACUCCUAAUGUCACAAUGACAACACUUAACACAACCACCUUCACUGCAAAUGUCACAGUGAAUACAACCCUCAACACAACCACAGCCAUUUCUAAUGUCACGGUGAAUACAACCCUCAACACAACCACAACCACUCCUAAUGUCACGGUGACAACAACCCUCAACACAACCACAGCCACUUCUAAUGUCACAGUGAAUACAACCCUCAACGGCCCCACCACAACAACAAAUUUAACCACAACCGAGUCAGCUGAACGCCAGGCCACCGCGAUGCUGGAGCUGACCAGAGACGUGGCCAACCUAAACUCCAGCCAGGUGGAUCAGCUGGUGUCUCAGCUGCUGGACCUUUUGUCGGGGCCGACCAUCAGCCUGGCUCUGGGAAACAGCACCGUCCACAUCGUGAGCAAUCUGCUGGGGGCUCCUGCUGAGGUGCUGGCCGACUCCUCCAGCAGGAUUAUAGAGAUCAUUGACACAGUGGGAUUGAAGCUGGUCCUCAACGAUCAGGCGGAGACCCUCUUGGCCUCGGCCGUGGCUUUGUCUGUGAAACCAGUAGAUGGCAGCAACUUUCAGGAGACAAUUUUUUCCAUCUCAGACCCCACUGAUGUACUGGUCCGUGGGGAUCCCAGGUCGAGGAGGAGCGUGAGAGCAGACUCCUCCAUCCCUCAGGGCUCCAUCAGGCUGCCCCCCACCCUCACACAGGACCUGACCACCGAGCAGCAGCAGCUGGCCUCACGAGUCCAGUUCAAUUUCUACCAGAAGAGCACAGUGUUCCAGGACAGCUCUUUGGGUGAACGCAAACUUAACAGUGGCAUCCUGGGAGCGAGUGUGGCCAACCUGUCAAUCUCAGGACUGAAGGACAAUGUUGUGAUUCACUUGAGGAACAACGAACCAGUUCCUGAGGAUUUCAAGGCCGUGUGUGUUUUCUGGGACUUUGCAAUUAAUAAUGGGUCAGGUGGCUGGAACGAAAACGGCUGCUCUGUCCUGAACAGCACAGACGACAUGACGACUUGUGGCUGCAACCAUUUAACCAGUUUUGCAAUCCUGCUGAACCUCGCCAGACAACCUUUAACCGAUCCCGUCCAGGCCACCAUCCUCACCUUCAUCACAUACAUUGGCUGCGGAAUCUCUGCCAUCUUCUUGUCUAUCACCCUCCUCACCUACUUGGCGUUUGGGAAGUUGCGUAAGGACAUUCCGUCCAAAAUCCUGAUCCAGCUGUGUCUGUCUCUGCUGCUGCUGAACCUCGUCUUCCUGAUUGAUGCUUGGCUGGCGCUCUACCCAGACGCCCUGGGCCUCUGCAUCUCCACCGCCUGGUUCCUUCACUACUUCCUGCUGGUUUCCUUCACCUGGAUGGGACUCGAGUCCGUCCACAUGUACCUGGCCCUCGUCAAGGUCUUCAACAACUACGUGUCGCACUACAUGCUGAGGUUCUCGUUUGCCGGCUGGGGCAUCCCGAUGAUCGUGGUCAUCAUCGUGAUCGCUGUUGACAAAGAUAACUAUGGUCUUGUCUCCUAUGGAAAGUUUUCCGAUGGCCCGACUGAUAGCUUCUGCUGGCUGAAAAACGACAUCGCCUUCUACGUCUCCGUGGUGGCGUACUUCUGCGUCGUUUUCCUCUUCAACGUGGUCAUGUUCGUCGUGGUGGUGGUGCAGCUGUGUCGCAUAAAGAGGCAGAACCCACACAACAUGCAGCACCGCACCACGCUGCAGGAUGUGCGCAGCCUGGUGGGGAUAACCAUCCUCCUGGGCCUCAGCUGGGGCUUCGCCUUCUUCGCCUGGGGGCCCGUGAACCUGGCGUUCAUGUACCUCUUUGCCAUCUUCAACUCCUUGCAAGGUUUCUUUAUAUUUGUGUUCCACUGCGCAGUGAAGGAAAACGUGAGGAGGCAGUGGAGGAUCUACCUGUGCUGCGGCAAAAUGAGACUGGCAGAGAACAUGGAAUGGAGUCGUACUGCGACACAGAAGACUACGAAGAAGUCCUCAGUGACCAGACUGACGUCCCUUCAGUCGUCUCAGUCGUCCCAGUCCAACUCAUCCAGCUCCUCCUCUUUUCUCGUCCACAAUACACCACAACAAACAACAGAGCAGGCUCGUGGCAUCGGCAGCCCAUAUGAAGACCGAACAAUCACAGCAGAGGAAGAGCCCGGCAUGGACGUGGUCCACAAUGAGAUCAACAGACAGUACAGAACCCAACAAGCCUCCUGAUCCACAAAGGGCAGAACACACUGUCUAGGAAUGGCUUAGUUUGAAAUACAUGUAUAUAAUGUAAAUUAAGCAAUGCUUUAUGUAUUUUGAGAAAAUGUUCAAUGUAAAUUAUGAUUCUUGAUUUUUAUACAUUCACAAAAUAGCAUUUAUUCUUUUGUACAAUGACGUUAUCAGUAUAUUAUAUUACAAUGGUAAAAGGCCAUAUAAAGAAAAGAUAACAUAUUUAAAGGGUGUCUUUCUCAGAGAAUAAUUCAUGGAUCUUUCAUCCAUCCAUCAUCUGUACUGCUUUCCUCUCGAGGGCCGUAAAAGGACUGUUGGGCCUCGAGGAAGUUAUGAACUCUCACAGUGUUACGCUAGUUAUUCAUUACUUAAUAAAACCAGAGGAAAACAAAUAAAACAAGGCAAGAGACUUUUCCCCCCAAAACAUUUUAAUUGUAAAUGGUCACAAAAAUGUCUCAUCUUGAGUGGAACAGAAAAGCAUUUGGUGAAAUCAUAUGGAAUAAAUAAAUGUAACUGAGUCCCACAGGGUUGCUCACGUGUA